GAAGCACAACCAAAUAGACAUGCUGUCCUAGGAGCAAGCGAGUCUCGCCCUGAUAUGAUAUUAACAGGACAUAAGGAAAAUGAGGAAUUUGCGCUUGCCAUGUGUCCAGCAGAACCAUAUGUCCUAUCAGGAGGAAAGGACAAAUCUGUUGUCUUGUGGAGCAUCCAAGACCAUAUAUCUGCCCUUGGGGAUUCCUCGUCUUCUCCUGGAGCAUCUGGCAGCAAGCAGUCUGUUAAAACUGCAAAUGAAAAGGAGAGCCCUAAAGUUGAUCCUAGAGGUAUAUUUCAUGGACAUGACAACACAGUUGAAGAUGUUCAGUUCUACCCUUCCAGGGAUCAGUGCAACUUCUUCAAAAUUCCCCAGGUUCUCCACGCUCUCGCCCACUACAAUGCCAGGCACCCUGGUGGCGAGUUCGAUGCUGUGAAGCCCCUGAAGCAGAGCCGCGUGGGAUUCCGGGGCCAGGCAUGGUUCCAUAUCAACUUCUGGGCUCGCCCCCGCAGCAGCAGCAGUAAUAACAAGACAAUCAAGCGCUUCUUUGCUGAGGUGCACUACAAGCCAACCUCGAUCAGUAGCCCCUCAUCGUCUUCGUCAUCACUUGCAAUAACUGCAGUUCCUAUAGUUGAAAUAUGCAUCAUUAUCGAGGAACCUCUAUCCCAAUAUAGGCGUAGCUGUGCCUUUUGUCCCAGCUACCGGGACAUUUUACACCCUAAGGGUUGCCGUAAGUUCGUCUGUGGAAAUGACAAGGACCUGUUUGAACAGCGAUUGGACCCUUGCUGCUGCACUGGUAUGGGGAUUGGGAAGAUGCCAUUCACUGCCCGCCCAGACAUGUCUGCUUUUCUCAACAUCAGUCCUAAGUAGGAAGAAGAAGACAAGAAGAGAGUCCGGGGGUUCAAUGUCAAGGCUGACCGGGGUCCUUCAUGCCUCCUCUCGUAUCUUUAACUUCAAGACCAUGCAUGUCCAUCAUGUGCACAUAUGUAUGGAGUGGAGUAUAUAACUAGCUAAGCAGUGAGAUUGAAUGAAGAAUAAAUAUACUUUACUAGGUGUUGUUUUCAGAAGGAACAAUUUUGGGUCGAAUUCCCACAGUUAGGGAUAUGGUGAUGGUGUGAUAAGCCACAUAUUGAUGUACUAUGCAUUUUGAUCAGAUCUGUACGGUGUGGUUCACCUGAAUUAUUUGCUAAUUUGUCAGUCAGAUUUUUCAUCGGUCCGAUUUGUAAUUAUCAAGCAAGAUUUAUUAGGCCUAUCUAAGUCAUCUAUUGUUAUCUGGUUGCAAUUGGCUCAGUUCAGUGUCGGGCCUCCUUGUGUGUGGACAGG